AUGGCUAUGGGAAUUACUGAAAGGAUUAAAGCCAUUGAAGAUGAAAUGGCUCGUACUCAGAAGAAUAAAGCAACCGAAUACCAUUUGGGUCUAUUAAAGGGUAAAUUAGCACGUCUUCGUCAACAGUUGUUAGCAGAUGAGGCAAACUCAGGUGGUGGUGGCGGACAAGGUUUUGAAGUCGCUAAAAGUGGUGAUGCCCGUGUCGUUUUGAUUGGAUAUCCAUCCGUUGGUAAGUCAUCAUUAUUGGGUAAAGUUACCACUACUAAAUCCGAGAUUGCACACUAUGCAUUUACCACAUUGACAUCUGUCCCAGGUGUACUUAGAUAUCAAGGUGCAGAAAUCCAAGUUGUCGAUUUACCGGGUAUUAUUUAUGGUGCAUCUCAAGGUAAAGGUAGAGGUAGACAAGUGGUGGCUACAGCACGUACUGCUGAUUUAGUCGUUAUGAUUUUGGAUGCAACUAAAAGUGAACAUCAGAGAGCUUCGCUGGAAAAGGAAUUAGAAGCCGUGGGAAUUCGUCUCAAUAAAGAGAAGCCAAAUAUCUCAUUCAAAAAGAAGGAUACCGGUGGUGUUAAAGUUACUUUCACUUCCCCCAGUAAGACGACUCUGACUGAAGAUUCCAUUAAAAUGAUUCUAAAGGAUUAUCGUAUUCAUAAUGCUGAUGUGUUGGUUAGAGAUGACAAGUGUACCAUUGACGAUUUUAUCGAUAUCAUUAACGACCAACAUAGAAAUUACAUCAGAUGUCUCUAUGUGUUUAACAAAAUCGAUUCGGUAUCUUUAGAGGAAGUGGAUCGUUUAGCUAGGCAACCAAAUACCGUAGUUAUGUCGUGUGAAAUGGAUUUAGGUAUGGAAGACGUCGUGGAGGAAAUAUGGUAUCAAUUGAAUUUGAGUCGUGUAUUUACCAAGAAACGUGGGGUGAAACCGGAUUUCUCAGAUCCAUUGGUCGUUAGAAACAAUUCUACUGUGGGUGAUCUAUGUCAUAGCAUUCACAGAGAUUUCAAAGAUCAAUUCAAGUACGCAUUGAUUUGGGGGUCAUCCGCUAAGCAUUCACCACAGAAAUGUGGUCUAAAUCACAAAAUUCAUGACGAAGACGUUGUUUCUUUGUUCACUAAAUAG